CUAACCCGUCGGCUUCUCUCUCCCAUAAUUUGUAUUUUGCGACUGACUGCAGUUUCUGUGCCAGCGCUGCUGCUCAUGUACGCAAUCCCUGGAUAGGUGGUUGCCAUGGAUUCCUGGGUCACAUGCGUGGGUUUCCUAUAGCCAGAAGCAGCAGAAGAUGCUUGGACCAAAAAAUUCACAGCCAUUUUCAUUCAAGAAAAGGAGCGGAUCGCGUUGCUGACUGACUGGGGGGGUGGCAGGACAACACCCGGUUGUUCUUAUUUCCAACUGAGCUGUUUUGUAAAAAAAAUAAAAAAAAAUCUUUUGUAAUAUUUUUCUAGAAUUCGCAGCAAACCGGUUUUGUCCACAUCCAUAGACUGAAAACAGGAAUGAGUAUAGAAAUUCCUGAGGGACUGACGGAGCUGUUACAGAGCUUUACCGUGGAAGUGUUGAGGAAUCAGCCCAGGGAUCUGCUCGAGUUUGCGCUACAGUACUUCACCCGGCUGAAGGACAGCGAGACCAAAGAGGCCUCCUUUGGCAAUGACCAAAAUUCGGCCCCGAGAUCUGGGAAAGCGGUCAAUUUCAUUGACGAGGCCAUGCAGAUCGAUUCGGAGAACGGAGAGGAAGAGGACGACGACGACGAGGAAUUCAUAGCACCCGUGAUAAACAGAUUCAUCAGAAGAGCAUCAGUGUGUGCAGAGGCGUUCAACCCUGACGAAGAUGACGACGAUAAAGAGCCAAGGGUUACCCACCCCAAGACCGACGAGCAGAGACAAAGACUACAGGAAGCUUGCAGGGACAUUCUUCUGUUCAAGAACUUAGAUCCAGAGCAGAUGUCUCAGGUUUUGGACGCCAUGUUUGAAAAGUUCUGCACAGAAGGAGAGCACAUCAUUGAUCAAGACGAUGACGGGGACAACUUCUAUGUAAUUGAAAGUGGGACGUACAACAUUUUCGUGAAGGUCGAGGGUGCGGAGAAGCUGGUGGGCUCCUACGACAACAAAGGCAGCUUCGGAGAACUGGCGCUGAUGUACAACACCCCCAGGGCAGCCACGAUAAUUGCAACCUCGCCGGGAGCCCUUUGGUGCCUGGAUCGUCUGACAUUUAGGAGGAUCAUAGUGAAGAACAACGCCAAGAAGAGGAGGAUGUACGAAGCAUUCAUUGAAACUCUACCCCUACUUACAUCUUUAGAGGUGUCAGAGAGAAUGAAGGUAGUAGACGUGCUAUCCACCAGGGUGUAUAAUGACUCACAGCAAAUUAUUGCUCAGGGUGAUUUAGCAGAUUGCUUUUACAUCGUUGAGAGCGGCCAAGUUAGAAUCACCAUAAAAAGAAGCCGGACAAAAAAAGACGAGGAGGAGGAGGAAGAGGAGGUGGAUAUUGCCACGUGCUCGAGGGGCCAGUAUUUUGGGGAGUUGGCUCUUGUCACAAACAAGCCAAGAGCUGCAUCGGCAUAUGCUGUGGGGAGUGUCAAAUGCUUGGUCCUGGACGUUAAAGCCUUUGAGAGACUGCUUGGCCCGUGCAUGGACAUCAUGAAGAGAAACAUCGCUAACUACGAGGAGCAGCUGGUGGCCUUGUUUGGAAAUAGCGCCGAGAUUGAGCAACAGAGUGCAUAAAGCAACUCCAAUGAACCAUGACGGAGACAACGGAAACACACAGGCACACUGUGGAUGUUUUCCACAAUACUUCUCAAAACGGAAGAAGAAAUGUGAAUACCCACUACACUACAUUUAAGUGUCUUACAAUUAAGACUAAGAUACGGUCCGUUUUAGUAGAGUGUACAACAGAAAGUCGCAACUUUGGCACGCCAAAGCAAGAGUUGCUUGAAGCUUGUUUUAUUACACAUACCAUGACUUUCACUGUAAAGAAUAUUUGUGCAUCUUACUUGUCGGUGUCAAGUGCUUCACUUUUUUGUAAACCGAAACACUUUGUUGAGCCUCACCACAUUUUGUUUUUGACAAUGGUAUUCUGAUAAUGUGUAUUAUUGCUUGUAAAUUUCUAAACCUUGCCAGUCGUAAAUAGGACGCCAAAGCUGAUUUCUGUUUGGAUAAUUCUGAGCAAGUUUGCCACAAUUACCCUUCUCAGUGGGAAAAAUCCACAUGAUCCACAUGUGGAGUGCAAAAGCGUUUGCCCUCUUGCAAAUUUCGAAUGUUUUUGCUCCUUUUGUCAGAUGAAAAAGUUUCAGAUAGUCAAACACGUUUUAAUAUCUUGCAAGGAUAACCUGAGCAAAUAUAAUGUGCAGUUUUUAAAUAAUGAUUUAAUUUAUUUAUACCAAAAAAAACUACCCAAACCAACCUGUUCUUAAUCUAAGAAAGUAAUAAAUCAUGAUUUAAUUAUAAUCAACCAUAUUUUUUUGAAAGCUGAGUGAAAUCUUAUUUACUGGACCGAGAUUACAUUACUACCAGAUCUUAAGAAAUCACAAGAAAUUAUGUCUCUAAUCAGCAAGGUUCAGCAUUGAAUUGUACGAAAGAGACCGGGCAUACAUGUCAUCCUUUAGAGGGUUCCAAGGCCGAAGCCCCUGCUGACCAUGAAAAAUGCUUAGCCCUGUCUCACAUUUGCCAAAAAUAUCUUGAUAAGCCCCAAGACUUUGGGAAAAAUAUUCUGUGGACUGAUGAGAAAAAAGCAGAACAAGUUGGAGGGUGUGUGUCCUGUUACAUCUGGCAAAGCACUACCAGCGCUUUAUAAAGAACAUCAUCCCUGCAGUUGGGCAUGAUGUUCAAAGUGUGAUGGUCUGGGGCUUCUUUCCUACUUCAGGACAUAGAUGACUCGUCCUAAUUAAUGGCAACAGGGAUUUUUCUCGCCACCCUGAAAUCCUGAAGUAGAAAGUCAGGACACCAGUUCACGCCCUUAUGCUCAAGCACACUUAGGUAAUGCUGCUGGGCAAUGAUCUGGAGAACAACACAAAGUCUGCUUCUUGGUGGCUCAAAGAUUGUGGAGUGACCUAGUCAAAGUCUGGACUUCAGAUACAAUUGAAGGGCUGCAGCAUGACCUUAAACAGGCUAUUCAUGCUAAAAAGCCGAACAAUGUGGUUGAAAUAAAAAAAUAUUUUUUUUACCGAGAACAGUCAAACAAAAUACUUUUUUUGCACAAAGCCAUGUACGAUUUGAUAGCUUUCUUCCAUAGUUCAUAAAACAAUCACUUCAAAAAUGUUUUAUUUAUUCAGGGUAUCUUUGGCUGAUCUCAAAACGUGUUUGAUAAUCUGAAAGUGUUUAAGUGUGACAUCCAGCAACGACAUUAUAGAUCUGUAUGGGAGUGAAUGCCUUUUCACAGUGCUGUAUUUGUAAAUCUUACAUACUGUGUUAAACAGCAGUACUGAGUUCACAUUUAUACAGAAAUACAUCUCUGUUUAUCAGCAGAUCCUGACUUUGAUCUGAUAAGCAGGAUUUUAUUGUCGAUAAGUGUUAGUGGCUCUUUGCCUAAAUGCUCUGCUUUUACAACAAAGCCAACAUCUGAGGGAGAGAUAGCUGAUAGUUUUGUAAGAAUAUACAACACAUUGCUGUACUAUUUUCAAACUGAGUGUUAUCUUACAGUAUAGGCCCACUUUUAAUUUAAUAUGUUUCCCCACUGGAUUGUAGUCAUUGUAGGCAGCGUCUUGAGACAGUUUAUUUUGCUGUGUUUUUAACGUAAGAUCAAGUUCAUACUUUUUUGUGUAGUUGAUAUAUACAUUAUUGCUGUCUACCUCUGCCAACAGCUUUUACAGAUACCUGCUGAACAGGAAUCUAAAAUGGUUCAUCUUCUUUUUCUUCCCCCAACCAAGUUCUACUGUUUUCUUUUUCUGCAACAAUGUUCUUCUGUUUACUGUCUGCUAACUGAGUUUCCAUUUAAAAACUGCUGACCCUCCCCUUCCUUUAGUAGCACUUUUAUUUUUUAAGGCAAAAAUCACGAUAGCCAGAACAACAAUCAAAUGUUUCACUUUUCAUGUCAUUAAAGAACAUUUUAUAUUUG